AUGGAAAUAGAUGAGUUCACCUUCCCUACCACGAAUCCGAACAAUAGUCCAAUCGAUUCUCCUCCUUUAUGGAGGCUUUCUCCUGCAGCCUCUCCUACACGAUCUUCCUAUGAAGCAGCAAGAAAAGAGCUCAAGUUGAACGCGAAAAUAACAGAAAAUGGCAACUUUUAUUCUAGGAAGAGUUGCUCAUUUUUAGAAGGAAAGUGCUUGACUAAACGGUCAAAAUUGGGUGGCAAUAAUUUUAAUGAUGAACAAGAUCAAGAGAAGAUGGAUAUGCUUUGGGAGGAUUUGAAUUAUGAGGAAUUAUUCAAAAAUAAGCGCGAUCCAAGGAUGAUUGAGUUUCAUGGAAAUUACCCUAAGGGAAGUAAUGAAGUUGUGCAAUUUGGUUGUGUUCCUACACCAUUCAAGUUAGUAAGAACAAGUACUUUGAAGAAUACUAAAAGUAAUAAGAAACCAAGUAUGUUGCUUUUAGUUAAGGUUCUUAAAAGGCUCUUUGUUCUUCAACAAUCUACAAAGAAGAGGUCCUAUUGA